CCUGUGUUCACUUGCCAGGUGACCUCAUCCAGUCCGAUACCUUCUGUGGCCUUCUCUAGGAUUUUGAAAUUUCUAGGCCAGCCUCUUUGUUGAAUUCCAGAUUCAUAUAAAGCUGGCUACUUAAUGUAUUCAGGUACCUUAAACUCUAGCACGUCUGAAGUAAGCUCUUGACUUCCCCCACAACAUGCACAUGCACACAGACCACAGUUGCUUCUCUUGUGGUCUUCAACAUUUUAUUAGCCAGGAUUAUCGCAGUUCUGUGGAAUCUCGUCUUCUCUGUCACCACAACCAGUCAGCAGGCACAUUGUCAACUUCAUCACCAAAGUAUAUCCAGAGCACUUGUAGUCCCGCCCUGCUGCCACCCCUGUGCCACCAUCCUGCCUCUCCUGGAGGAUGCAGUGGGCCACAUCUGCCUCCACCUUGUCACCUAGGGUUCACUAUCUUCCUUGUAGUAACCAGAGUGCUUCUCUUGAAUACAAAUCAGAUUAUAUAUUUCUAUCUGGUAGCCUGCCGUUUUCACUCAGAGUAAAGGCCAGCAGCCUGCAGGGGCUUGUGUAAGUAGGCCCCUGAUUGCAUCUCCAGUCUUAUCUCCUGCCCUCACUUUCCCCAGCUUCCCCACCUCACCUCACUGAUGUCUUUGCUGUUCUUUGAAUGCAUCUAGUAUGUUCUUGACUCAGUGCUUGUGCAUUUUGAGGGUUCAUCUAUCGAGUAGGGCUCCUCCUCCCCCCCCCCUCGAGUAUUUGCAUGCCUCAUUUUCCUUAGGUCUCUCCUCCACUGUCACCUUCUAAGCAAGUCCUUCCCUGACCGUCUUCUACCACCCACCUCAGGUGGGCUUGGCCUAGGGACUCCGAAGUGACUGCAGAUUUCUGUUCCCUUCAGUGAGAUGCUCCUGAGUUCUUAAUAACUUGGCUAGGCUUAGAAGAGAUGAUCUCCAAAGAUUAUCUAGCUUGAAAAACUUGUGAUUACAUGAUUCUGGAAAAUGUUCUAGCUUCUGAAUAUUAUGUUGUAGUUAAGAAGGAGAGAGGAUCAUUUACUCCAGACAGACUUCCAAGGAUCUAAUCUGGUGAUAUGUCUGGUAAUGCACUAUUUCCAGUUUGGAAUCAUGAGAAAUUAGAAUUUACAACUACUCUUCUAAAAUGUAGUUUACUCCAACACAAUUUUAAACACUGCAGUUUCUGUAAACAGGGUUGUAUGUAUGUGCAACUAAACACAAAACCCCAGCUCCACACGGACAUCCUUGUCUGUUGCGUUCGUGUAUGUAUCCUCACUGCCGGGAAUAUUGCCUGGUAUGUAGCUGGUACUCUGAAUACUUGUUGAAUGAAUGGAUCAAUGAAAUGGAUUCAUAUCCUAUACAACUUUAUCAAUUAAGUAUAUAAAAUAGAAGUAAUUUAUUGUUCCUCAUCAUCUCCCUCAUGUUUUAGGUGGUAAGAGAAAUCACUUGAAUCAUACAAAUUAUUCACCAAGUAGCUGGUUUCCCAUGCUUCACUUCCAUGCUUCUGCUUCCAUGUGCUUUCUAGGUCCUAAAGAAGACGAAGAGAAGCCUUCAGCCUCAUCACUUGAGCAGCCGGCCACCCUCCAGGAGGUGGCCAGUCAGGAGGUUCCUCCAGAACUAGCAACCCCUGCCCCUGCCUGGGAGCCACAGCCAGAACCAGACGAGCGAUUAGAAGCAGCAGAUUGUGAGGUGAAUGAUUUGGGGGAAGAGGAGGAGGAGGAAGAGGAGGAGGAUGAAGAAGAAGAAGAUGAUGAUGAGUUGGAAGAAGAGGGGGAAGAAGAAGCCAGCAUGCCAAAUGAAAGUUCUGUGAAAGAGCCAGAAAUACGGUGUGAUGAGAAGCCAGAAGAUUUAUUAGAGGAACCAAAAACAACUUCAGAAGAAACUCUUGAAGACUUCUCAGAGGUAACACCUGCCUUGCAAAUCCCCAGAACUAGAGAAGAGGCCAAUGGUGAUGUAUUUGAAACGUUUAUGUUUCCAUGUCAGCAUUGUGAAAGGAAGUUUACAACCAAACAGGGGCUUGAGCGUCACAUGCAUAUCCAUAUAUCCACCGUCAAUCAUGCUUUCAAAUGUAAGUACUGUGGGAAAGCCUUUGGCACACAGAUUAACCGGCGGCGGCAUGAGCGGCGCCACGAAGCAGGGUUAAAGCGGAAACCCAGCCAAACACUACAGCCGUCAGAGGACCUGGCUGAUGGCAAAGCAUCUGGAGAAAACGUUGCUUCAAAAGAUGAAUUGAGUCCUCCCAGUCUUGGGCCAGACUGUCUGAUCAUGAAUUCAGAGAAGGCUUCCCAAGACACAGUAAAUUCUGUUGUAGAAGAGAAUGGGGAAGUUAAAGAACUUCAUCCGUGCAAAUAUUGUAAAAAGGUUUUUGGAACUCAUACUAAUAUGAGACGGCAUCAGCGUAGAGUUCACGAACGCCAUCUGAUUCCCAAAGGUGUACGGCGAAAAGGAGGCCUUGAAGAGCCCCAGCCCCCAGCAGAACAGGCCCAGGCCACCCAGAACGUCUAUGUACCAAGCACAGAGCCAGAGGAGGAGGGGGAAGCAGAUGAUGUGUACAUUAUGGACAUUUCUAGCAAUAUCUCUGAAAACUUAAAUUACUAUAUUGAUGGUAAAAUUCAAACCAAUAACAACACUAGUAACUGCGAUGUGAUUGAGAUGGAGUCUGCUUCGGCAGAUGUGUAUGGUAUAAAUUGUCUGCUCACUCCAGUUACGGUGGAAAUUACUCAAAAUAUAAAGACCACACAGGUCCCUGUAACAGAAGAUCUUCCUAAAGAGCCUUCGGGCAGCACAAAUAGUGAGGCCAAGAAACGGAGAACGGCGAGCCCGCCUGCACUGCCCAAAAUUAAGGCCGAAACAGAUUCUGACCCCAUGGCCCCCUCCUGCUCCUUAAGUCUUCCUCUUAGCAUAUCAACAACGGAGGCAGUGUCUUUCCAUAAAGAGAAAAGUGUUUAUUUGUCAUCAAAGCUCAAGCAACUUCUUCAAACCCAAGAUAAACUAACUCCUCCUGCAGGGAUUUCAGCAACUGAAAUAGCUAAAUUAGGUCCUGUUUGUGUGUCUGCUCCUGCAUCAAUGUUGCCUGUGACCUCAAGUAGGUUUAAGAGGCGGACCAGCUCUCCUCCCAGUUCUCCACAGCACAGUCCUGCCCUUCGAGACUUUGGAAAGCCAAGUGAUGGGAAAGCAGCAUGGACCGAUGCAGUGCUGACUUCCAAAAAAUCCAAAUUAGAAAGUCAUAGCGACUCACCAGCAUGGAGUUUGUCUGGGAGAGAUGAGAGAGAAACGGUGAGCCCUCCAUGCUUUGAUGAAUAUAAAAUGUCUAAAGAGUGGACAGCCAGUUCUGCUUUUAGCAAUGUGUGCAACCAGCAGCCACUGGAUUUAUCCAGCGGUGUCAAACAGAAGACUGAGGGUACAGGCAAGACUCCAGUCCAGUGGGAAUCUGUCUUAGAUCUCAGUGUGCAUAAAAAGCCUUGUAGUGACUCUGAAGGCAAGGAAUUCAAAGAGAAUCAUUCAGUGCAGCCUACGUGUAGUGCUGUAAAGAAAAGGAAACCAACCACCUGCAUGCUGCAGAAGGUUCUUCUCAAUGAAUAUAAUGGCAUCGAUUUACCUGUAGAAAACCCUGCAGAUGUGACCAGGAGCCCAAGUCCUUGUAAAUCCCUAGAAGCUCAGCCAGAUCCUGACCUCGGUCCAGACUCUGGUUUCCCUGUCCCUACUGUCGAGUCCCCAGCUGAUGUUUGUCCUUCAUCACCUGCCCUGCAGACGCCCUCCCUUUCAUCCGGUCAGCUGCCUCCUCUCUUGAUCCCCACAGAUCCCUCUUCCCCUCCACCCUGUCCCCCGGUAUUAACUGUUGCCACUCCGCCCCCUCCCCUCCUUCCUACCGUACCUCUUCCAGCCCCCUCUUCCAGUGCAUCUCCACAUCCAUGCCCUUCUCCACUCUCAAAUGCCACCGCACAGUCCCCACUUCCAAUUCUGUCCCCAACAGUGUCCCCCUCUCCCUCUCCCAUUCCUCCUGUGGAGUCCCUGAUGUCUGCCGCCUCACCCGGGCCUCCGACACUUUCUUCUUCCUCCUCUUCAUCUUCCUCCUCCUCUUCAUUUUCUUCUUCGUCUUCCUCCUCUUCUCCUUCUCCACCUCCUCUCUCCGCGAUCUCAUCUGUUGUUUCCUCUGGUGAUAAUCUGGAGGCUUCUCUCCCCAUGAUAUCUUUCAAACAGGAGGAAUUAGAGAAUGAAGGUCUGAAACCCAGGGAAGAGCCCCAGUCUGCUGCUGAACAGGAUGUUGUUCAGGAAACAUUCAACAAAAACUUUGUUUGCAACGUCUGUGAAUCACCUUUUCUUUCCAUUAAAGAUCUAACCAAACAUUUAUCUAUUCAUGCUGAAGAAUGGCCCUUCAAAUGUGAAUUUUGUGUGCAGCUUUUUAAGGAUAAAACGGACUUGUCAGAACAUCGCUUUUUGCUUCAUGGAGUUGGAAAUAUCUUUGUGUGUUCUGUUUGUAAAAAGGAAUUUGCUUUUUUGUGCAAUUUGCAGCAGCACCAGCGAGAUCUCCACCCAGAUAAGGUGUGCACACAUCACCAGUUUGAAAGCGGGACUCUGAGGCCCCAAAACUUUACAGAUCCCAGCAAGGCCCAUGUAGAGCAUAUGCAGAGCUUGCCAGAAGAUCCUUUAGAAACGUCUAAAGAAGAAGAGGAGUUAAACGAUUCCUCUGAAGAGCUUUACACGACUAUAAAAAUAAUGGCUUCUGGAAUAAAGACAAAAGAUCCAGAUGUUCGAUUAGGCCUCAAUCAGCAUUACCCAAGCUUUAAACCACCUCCAUUUCAGUACCAUCACCGUAACCCCAUGGGGAUUGGUGUGACAGCCACAAAUUUCACUACACACAAUAUUCCACAGACUUUUACUACUGCCAUUCGCUGCACCAAGUGUGGAAAAGGUGUCGACAACAUGCCGGAGUUGCACAAACAUAUCCUGGCGUGUGCUUCUGCAAGUGACAAGAAGAGGUACACACCUAAGAAGAACCCAGUACCGUUAAAACAAACUGUGCAACCCAAAAAUGGCGUGGUGGUUUUAGAUAACUCUGGGAAAAAUGCCUUCCGACGAAUGGGACAGCCCAAAAGACUAAACUUUAGUGUUGAGCUCAGCAAAAUGUCGUCGAAUAAGCUCAAAUUAAAUGCAUUGAAGAAAAAAAAUCAGCUUGUACAGAAAGCAAUUCUUCAGAAAAACAAAUCUGCAAAGCAGAAGGCUGACUUGAAAAAUGCUUGUGAGUCAUCCUCUCACAUCUGCCCUUACUGUAAUCGAGAGUUCACUUACAUUGGAAGCCUGAAUAAACACGCCGCUUUCAGCUGUCCCAAGAAACCCCUUUCCCCUCCCAAAAAAAAAGUUUCUCAUUCAUCUAAGAAAGGUGGACACUCAUCACCUGCAAGUAGUGACAAAAACAGCAACAGCAACCACCGCAGACGGACAGCGGAUGCGGAGAUUAAAAUGCAAAGCAUGCAGACUCCGUUGGGCAAGACCAGAGCCCGCAGCUCAGGCCCCACCCAAGUCCCGCUCCCCUCCUCAUCCUUCAGGUCCAAGCAGAACGUCAAGUUUGCAGCUUCGGUGAAAUCCAAAAAACCAAGCUCCUCCUCUUUAAGGAACUCGAGCCCGAUAAGAAUGGCCAAAAUAACUCAUGUUGAGGGGAAGAAACCUAAAGCUGUGGCCAAAAAUCAUUCUGCUCAGCUUUCCAGCAAAACGUCGCGGAGCCUGCACGUGAGGGUACAGAAAAGCAAAGCCGUUUUACAAAGCAAAUCCACCUUGACGAGUAAGAGAAGAACAGACCGGUUCAAUAUAAAAUCUAGAGAGCGGAGUGGGGGGCCAGUCACCCGAAGCCUUCAACUGGCAGCUGCUGCUGACUUGAGUGAGAACAAGAGAGAGGACGGCAGCGCCAAGCAGGAGCUGAAGGACUUCAGCUACAGCCUCCGCUUGGCAUCCCGAUGCUCUCCACCAGCGGCCCCGUACAUCACCAGGCAGUGUAGGAAGGUCAAAGCCCCGGCUGCAGCCCAGUUCCAGGGACCAUUCUUCAAAGAGUAGACACUCUGCCUGCUCCCUGACAGCACCUGAAGUGACCUGGAAUCAGUGAAGCCAAAGGGACUGGCAGUCUGCCCUGCAGGGAGUACCGACCUAUCCCAGUUGUGUGAGCCUGCGAGAGAAAGGGAGUGCAUGUGCGUGCGUGCAUGUGUGCGUGCGUGUGUGUUCACGUGUUCUCGUGCGGGUGCGCGAGUGGUCUUCAAACAAGGGUCCCGAACCCCGGGACGGCAGGAAGGCGGCCGACUCCACGCUGUCCUUUGGGAUGAUAUUUGGAUGCAGCUCUUGGGACCGUGUUCUGCAGCUCAGCCUUCCUGUUGGGGUGGGGCCUCUCCUACUAUGCAAUUUUUCAAGAGCUCCUUGACCCUGCUUUUAGCUUCUUGAGUUGUCUUUUGCCAUUAUGGGGACUUUUGUCUGACCCAGGGGUCAGCCUUAGGAAGGCCUUCAGGAGGAGGCCGAGUUCCCCUUCAGUACCACCCCUGUCUCCCCACCUUCCCUCUCCCCACAACAUCUCUGGGAAUCAAUAGCAUAUUGGCAUGUUGGAGCCAAGCCUGAACAUUCCCCUUGGCCCCAGCACAUGGAAAAUCCCCUUCCUUGCCUAAGGUGUCUUGAGUUUCUGGCUCUUGAGUCAUUUCCAGACUUGAAAUUCUCAUCAGUCCAUUGCUCUUGAGUCUUUGCAGAGAACCUCAAACCAGGUGCACCUGGGAGAAAGACUUUGUCCCCACUUACAGAUCUAUUUCCUCCCUUGGGAAGGGCAGGGAAUGGGGAUGGUGUAUGGAGGGGAGGGAUCUCCUGUGCCCUUCAUUGCUACACUUGGUGGGACCAUGAACACCUUUAGUGUCUGAGCUUCUCAAAUUAGCUGCAAUAGGAAGCAAACAUAUUGGGAAAUGAAAAAAAAAAUGGGAAGAUUAAAAAGCACAGGGGGAAGAAGAAGAGAUUUCAGAGUCCAUCCUGCCAGGGGCGGACGGGGCUGACUCCUGCUGUCUGGAGUCAGUCCAUGUCUCGGAGAAACGGGUGAGCUGAGCUUGGCGUUCGAACCCAGUUCAGUGAGGUUCUUGGGUUUUGUGCCUUUGGGGCAGACCCCAGACGAGGAUGUCUGAGACCAUUUGGGUGCUGUUUUCUCAGCUCCAAUUUCAAUAGUGAGCUAUCAAACCCAGAGCGGAAGGAGGGAGCUCUGAUGAGCACGAUUUGUCACACAAUAAAGGGAUUAUUUUUUUUUUUUCAGGGCUACUAUGGUUGAUCUUGCAACUCUGUAAAUAUGUAUGUAGACACUUUUAAAAGCACGUAUUUAUGUCCCUGACUGUAAAUGCCCCAUUUUUAAAGUUUUAUAACUUGUGUUAUUUAAUGAGUCAGUCAAUCGGCUACAGUAUGGGGUCUGAUAAGGAUCUAGGAGAAGGGUCUCAUGCGGACUCUCACAUGGGCAGAAAAAUGGUGAUCAUUGGCCGACAUCACAGUUUUCCUGUUUCCCACCCAGCUAAAAACCGUUGUUCGCUUUAAAUUUUCAUAGACUGGAAUCCUUUCACUGGCUCCUACAGUUAACCCUCACAAGCAUGAAGUGCUGUGGCUGUUCCUUAUCCUAAUGAUACGCUUUUGUCCCGUAAAUGUCAACACUCAUGAGCCAUACCCCGGCCUCUCAGUUCUUGAGGGCCUCCCCCUUCAGCAGCGAGGAAAGCUCACAAACCCCAAACCUGGCAAAUCACCUGCAGCCCAUGGUGAGCGCUGGGAAGUGUGGCUGAGGCCUUGGGGUCACUCCUUUUUUGCAUGUGCAAAUGUGCUGGUCACCCUUCAAUGCUCCCAAAUGGUCAGGAAAACUGUUCCAAUCCUGAAAAGGGGGGAUGGCUUUGUAAAAGUGGCGUUUCCUGGUCAGUGGUGGUCUUCAAGACAACAGCUCUGUAUCUGCCAUGUGAAGAGAAAUAACAAUAAAAGUGUGAAGAGCGAUUGUGAGGAACAA